UCUAAAAUAAUAACACAAAAUAAAUUCUGAUCUUUCAUGUCUUUAUUGAGAACAACCAAAAAAAACUCAUAGUGCUUGUGAAAAAAGUAUGUGAACCCUUGAGUUAAUGACCUCAAAAAAGCUUUUUUUUAAAAAUUAAAAAAAAAAAUUUUUUUUUUUGCACACCUGGAGUCUCGUUAAGAAAAUGAGUUUGGAGCUGUGGACUACAGCUACUUUGACUGAUAAAAACCCCUCAAACUUUUGGAGUUUGCUCUGCACAAGAAGCACAUGCUUAUGUGAGCCAUGCCUCGCCAAAAACAGCUUUCAGAGGAUCUAUGAUCAAGAAUUGUUGAUUUACAUAAAGCUGGCAAGGGUCACAAAGUGAUUUUUAAGACUUUAGAAAUUCACCAGUCUACAGUUAGGCAAACAUUUUACAAAUGGAGACACUUUGGGACUGUUGCUACUCCACCAAGAAUUGGGUGCCUAGUCAAAAUGACACCAAGAGCACAUCGAAGACUCAUCAGUGAGGUAAAGAAACAACCCCGAAUGACAGCCAAAGAUUUGAAGGCAUCAUUGGAACUGGCUAACAUCUCUGUUCAUGAGUCUACAAAACAUUGAACAAGCAGGGUGUCUAUGGCAGGACACCACGAAGGAAGCCACUGCUUACUAAAAAGAACAUUUCUGCGUGCUGAAGUUUGCAAAAGAGCACAUUGACACUCCACAGCGGUAUUGGCAAAAUGUUUUGUGGACUGAUGAAACUAAGAUUGAACUGUUUGGAAAAACCACACAGCACUACAUCUGGCAUAGAAAGGGCAUGGCAUAUCAUAAUGAAAACAUCAUCCCAACCGUAAAGUAUGGUGGAGGAAACAUCAUGAUUUGGGCCUGCUUUGCUGCAUCAGGGCCUGGCCAGCUUGCAAUCAUUGAGGGGAAGAUGAAAUCCCAAGUAUAUCAGACAAUUUUUCAGGAUAAUGUGAGAAUGUCUGUACGUCAGUUGAAACUGUGUAGAAGUUGGGUGAUGCAACAGGACAACAACCCAAAAUACCGGAGCAAGUCCACAACAGAAUGGCUUCAGAAAAACAAAAUCUGCCUUUUGGAGUGGCCAAGUCAGAGCCCAGACCUCAACCCAAUAGAGAUGCUAUGGGAUGACUUGAAGAAAGCCAUACACAUGAGACGUCCAAAGAAUAUGACAGAGCUGAAGCAGUUCUGCCAGGAAGAAAUGGCUAAAAUUCCUCCUGAAUGGUGUGCAGGUCUGAUCCACAGCUACAGGAAGUACCUGGUUGAGGUUAUUGCUGCCAAGGGGGGUCAACCAGUUAUUAAUUCUAUGGGUUCAUUUACUUUUUCCACUGCCAUUUUGAAUGCUGAAUGAGUGUGUUUAAUAAAGACAUGAGGGAUCAGAAUUUAUUUUGUGUUAUUAUUUUAGGCACAUCAUAUUUGUCAAUACCCUUGACUUAGAUGAAGAUCAGAUCACAUUUUAUGACAAACUUAUGCAGAAAACCAUGAAAUUCCAAAAGGUUCACAUACUUUUUCUUGCCACUGUAGUAAGCGAAUACGUCACCUAUAAAUGUGGUCAAAUGCCUUGUCGCUUGUUGAUGACGCAACCAGGAACUUGAAUUUGACCACAUGCGUUACCAUUGGCGCUGUAAACACUGAACUGUGCUUUUGAUGAAGCACACAGCAGAAUAGAGGAUGAUACUUGACACUGCUGACUCCUAGAAAGUAUGCAGUACGUGUUCAGACUGUGAAGACUUCAGCCUUCUCAGAAAAUUUUGUUGGCUCUGACCUUCCUGAACAGACUUUCUCUGUUUCCUGACCAUCCCAACUUAUCAUCCAAUGUGCAAACCUAGGUAUUUGUAGGGUUUGUGGACGGUAACAUCAUGGCAACCUCACUGGGCAAACUGGGAUUCCACAGUAAGAUGAUUCUAGCACCCAUGGUGCGGGUAGGUACUCUACCCAUGAGGCUUUUGGCAUUGGACUAUGGUGCAGAUAUUGUCUACUGUGAGGAACUGAUUGAUCUCAAAAUGGUUCAGUGUGAGAGAGUUGUGAAUAAUGUCUUGGAGACAGUGGACUUUAUAGCACCUGAUGAGAGGGUUAUGUUCCGCACUUGUAGUAAAGAAAAGGACCGUGUUGUCUUUCAGAUGGGAACAGCUGAUCCAGAGAGAGCACUGGCAGUAGCCAAACUUGUUGAGAAUGAUGUAGCAGCUAUUGAUGUCAACAUGGGCUGUCCAAAGGAAUACUCAACCAAGGGUGGAAUGGGAUCCGCGCUCCUUUCUGACCCUGAAAAAAUUGAGGCUAUUCUGACUGCUCUGGUGAGGGGAAUUUCCAAACCAGUGACCUGCAAAAUCCGAAUCCUUCCUACUCUGGAGGAAACCAUUAGUUUGGUGAAGAGAAUUGAAAAAACAGGGGUGGCUGCAAUAGCAGUGCAUGGCAGGAUGAAAGAGGAGAGACCACGACAUGCAGUCCACUGUGACUACAUUCAAGCUGUAGCUAACAACGUGUCUAUUCCAGUGAUCGCUAAUGGUGGCUCUCUUGAUCUCAUAAAAACAUAUGAUGAUAUCGAACAAUUUCGAGAGACAACAGGAGCAUCCUCUGUCAUGUUAGCUCGGGCCGCUAUGUGGAACCCUUCAAUUUUUCGCUGCCAGGGAAUGGUGUCUGUAGACGAGGUUAUGGAAGAAUAUGUCAAAUAUGCUGUUCGCUAUGACAACAACACAUUCAACACCAAAUACUGCCUGUGCCAGAUGUUGAGGGAUAGGGUGGAAUCACCGAUGGGCAAACAGCUUCAUGCAGCGCAGACCAAUGAAGAAAUCUGUGAGGUGUUUGGAAUGACUGAUUUCUUCAAGAAAACCAAGGCUGAGCUGGAGGCCUGCAAAAAAGCCCUUGAUGCCAACAGCAGCAGUCUUUCAGACCAGCCUGUACUGGACGGAGAUGUCAUCACUAUGGCGGUCAAGUUCGAAAGGAGAGAGUAUCCACCGCAGAUCACCCCAAAGAUGUACUUGCUGGAAUGGAGCCGGAAGGAAAAGUUGGAGCAGCCUGUAUAUGAAACGGAGCAACGUGCCCAAGACAGAUGUUUCCAGUCUACGGUAAUGGUGGCAAAUAAGAAGUAUAGGUCCACACUAUGGGAAAAAUCUAAGAAAUUUGCUGAACAAGCUGCUGCUGUUGUGUGUUUGCGUACGCUUGGUGUACCAGAGGGGCGUAUCGGAGAGGGCUACUCAGGACUGGUAAACAAGAGAAAAAGGGAAGAGAAAAAAAGCGCCACUUCAGUGGACGAGAGCAUUACAGACUUGGCACGCAGGAAGAGACGGCUCACUGAGCCAUCGCAAAAAGAGGAACGGGAAUCAAAUGACAGUCUGGUGGUAGUGAAUGGCUCCUGUGGUCAGACUAUGUCCUGACCAUGAGUAGAUGAGCACUGCUCAUGUUAUGAACUCUCCACAAGGAGUGUGUCUGCUGCUAUGUGCCUGCAUUGCAUUUGCAGUGAUGCACCACAAUGUAUCUGAAUCUCGCCCACAGAGACUUCAGCUUGAUAACAUGCAUGUUAUCCCUGAUGAUUGUUUUUUUUUCUGGGUAAUUGUUUUAUAUGCUGUUUCUCAUAAUGUGUAUGUGCACCACAUUGCCAUCUUGUUAGGUACAGCUACUCAAUGCUGCUACACCUGACACAUACUCCGCAGCUCUGACACCCAGUAAUACUACAACCAUUUCAUAGUCACUACUAUGCUAAAAUGGUCCACCAACCAUAGAAUAUCUGGUCAGCCAUACCCCUAUGGUGGUCCCUGUCCAUCGAUGGAGGGGGUGUAAGAGGACUACAAAUUGUACAUAGCAAGAAAUGAUCUACAGUAAGCAAAAUGAGCUAUAUGGGAGCUGUACCUAAUAAAGUGGCAACUGACUCAUUUUUGUUGAACAUAGGUGGCAUUUAUGUGAUGAUAUUGUAGCUCAGUGUUUCUCAAUCCUGGUCCUGGAGUACCACCAUCCUGCACAUGUUGGUGUUUUCCCUGCUCCCAACUCACCUUAUUCAACUCAUUCAUUUAUUACUAACCCUGAACUAGCUCGAUCGGGGUGAGUUAGUGGUAAAAUCAUAUAGCUUCAAGUUUGCCCAGUUCCCAAUACACCUCAUUCAAUCCUAAUAUAAACACAGUCCCAUUAGGACUGGAGUGUACACUCCUGGGGCGAAAAAAAAAUGGGCCAAGCCCAAAAUGGCAAAAUAUUAAGCUUUUAAUGGUCUUAACAAAUCAUUGGUUAGGGAAUUAGACAAAUAGAUAAAGUAACUUUGCUUUUCCCUUUGAUUUCUUUAAAUGUUUAAGCCUUGUGGGUAAACUUGCAGACAGAUUUUUAUUUCUUUUUCUUUUCUUUUAUUUAUUUUAUGUUCAUGUUGUACACCACGACAUGUGUUAGUUUUAAUUUUACAUCAAAUACUUUAAUUAUCAUGAUUUUACCUUUUGAGUACAAGACUAUGUAGAUGAAUUUCCCUGUUUCUAGCUUUUCCCCAAACAGUUCACUGCAACAAAAGUAAACAAGCAAAUGGUGGCACAGGAGGUCUUAGAAGUGCAUUUGUUUCAUUCUUGCUAAUUUUCUGACCAAUGUUUUGUUGUUAAGAACAUUAAAAAACUUAACAUUC